AUGGAGCGCCUCGAAGCCGAGCGCAGGCUCCUCGAAAUCGUCGGGCCGCACCCGCGCAUCAUCGGGUACAAGGGCUUCCUCCCGGGCAUAGGAAUCCUCCUGGAGCGGGCGACCAACGGGACCGUAACACAGUACCUGCUCGAGGCGCCGCCGGGGAGGCCGCCGCCCUCCACAAAGCAGCGGCUGGCCUGGUGCCGCGAGGCCGCCGAGGGGCCCGCCUGGGUCCACGGCCGCCGCGUCCUCCACAACGACCUGCACCCGACGAACCUGCUGCUCGACGAGGGGGCUCCACGUCAAGCUCGCCGACUUCCAGGGCCAGCACCUGUCGGCGCGGAGACGGGCGAGGUCGUCAUCGACGGCUGGAGCAGCGAGCCGUGCCGCUUCUCGUGCCCCCUUCCGCCGGGACGUGUUCGAGACGUCCUUCAAGCACCUGCUUGA